AUUAUAACAAGGUUGUCAAGAUGAAAAGAGUUGUGCCAUGCAUCGAUGACAGGCAAAUUGAAUCGUGUGCAAUAAUGAUGCCAAAUGAUUAUGGAAAGAUAUGAAUGAGCUCGAGAGAGGAACGAAAGAAUGACAACCGAAUCGGGACAAAUAACUCGAAACUCUAAAGUUAGUCAUAAGAGAAAGUCUAGGCCACCUCUUCGCGAAUGGCGCACGAUUCAUCAAUUGAAUGUGGACGAUGGAAUUGAUGAAUACAGAGCCAAUGACCGUUCAGAAUACUGUUCGAACGUUUUUGUUGUGGUUCCAGUUGGGGAAAAAUCGUCUACAAUAAUAACGAAAGAUACUGAACAUGAAAAAGCUUUGAUAAGUAAAUCUGAAUACGACAUUACCAUGCCUGAUUCAGGUAUAUUCGAUAGAGAUGCGAUAGGAAGUUACCUUUAUAAUAUUCAGUCGAAAAAAUGCAGUGAAGACAAGGAUAGGACAACAAGAACAGCAGACUCACGAAAGAAUGGUAGAACUGGGAUUUUGCAAAAACGCCAUGUUUUCAGACAAACGAACCGAGAUUUUUCUGCUGCGACGACGGUCGAAAACACUGACCUGGCUAGCAAAAAUUCACAAGAGGAACCUCUUGUUUACCAGUCGUUGGGCGAUAAACCAAGACCCAAGCCUCGUUUUGGUGGUAAACACAAACAAAAAUACCAUAAUCAUUCACUUGUCACGUGCUCACUGGGUGACUCUGAUGUUUUAGUCACAUGCCCUUCACACGUUUAUACCUUCAGCAGAGGUUUGGUCCCGAGUAGAGAAGCUAAUAGUUUGGAAUUAUACCAUAAUCAACAUUUCCUUCCGCCUGUUAUUGUUGAUAGAGUAGGAGAUAUAUCCCAACAAAAACAUUACAGAUUACCCCGAGACGGAAGAAGUUUGAACAACGUUAACGAAAGUCUUUUUUUAAGCUCGUAUUCUAAUGAGCAGAGUUUUGUACCAAAGACAGAAUCUAAACCAGUUGUCUACAAAGAGUUUUCUGCCGAGAAGGUUAUUCCGGCUGCGUAUGGAAAUAAGAGAUACUUUGAUUUUCAAGGAUACAUGGAGUUUCUUUAUAAAGAAAAAAGAAUAAGAAAGACAAGUGCCAGAGCAAGAAGGGUCGUCUAUGAUUGGGAGAAACUGGAAUCUAGUGCUUGGUUGAACAAUCUCGGUGAUGUUUUGGUUAAAGAUGUCAUUGACUACAACAGCGUAUUGGAUAUCAAAGGGUCUAGAAUGAAACUCGACGAAAAUCGAGUACAAAUGAGAUCAUGUCAAACAAAACCACUUCAGUCUGAUAAUCGUCAACAUUGUUUCCUUGGUACUCCAAGCACUAUUUAUGUUAGCUCAAAGAAGACAUUAAAGCUCUCUCAACCGAGAAGCAAAAAAAUGAAGGAAAAGACAGUUCUCAUUGAACGUUUGCCAAGCAAGUUUCAGUUCACUCUUCCUGGAAGACCGCCAAGCAGUGAUGAUUCUGGAUUUGCUGAGUAACAACUAAAAUAAACUAUAUCUAAAAUGAUCGCAUAUAUUUACCACAUUAAAUAUGACACAUGUUAUUGUGUAUAUAUAUUGUCCUUAUUUUGAGUUUAAAGUAUAUUUACUUCACCGCACUACAUGUGCUAAUAAUACGUCUUGCAUGCAUGCAUACAUAUGUAUAUACAUCGAAAAUUCGCAUUUCGCAAUGCAUUGGCCGUUUUCACACUAGAGACGCGUAAUGCGUCUUCGGUAUCUUUUGACUGGUUAUUUGUCUUCAGUAUAAAGACGGACAACAGACGCAUUAUUCGUCUAGACGAACUACCGUUGGUUAUGCGUCUCUAAGACGAAAAACUGAACGUUAAUCAUCUCGACGUAUUAUGUGUCUGUUGUCCGUCUUUAUACUGAAGAACAACCAGUUAAAAAAUAUUGAAGAUGCAUUAUGCGUGUGAAAACGAGUCAUUGCAGAAUGAACAGUCAAGCGAUAUAUUCAUUGGCAUAUUGAUAUUAUUGAACAUCAUAUGAUGGAGAAUCUCCGUUAGUGAAUUUGUUUUUAAGACCUAGCCUACAUCAGUACAUGGCUACAUACAUUGCAACAACAAUAUACCAAAAACGUUUAGUUUUAAAAUGUGGAUAAUAUUCUCAAAAUAUAGUCGACUAAUCGAUGUAAGCAACAUUAACUCCUUUAAAGGUGACGAAAUAGCGGAAUCAUCACUCACUGAGUUACGAAGUAUUUUCUUAAACUACGGUAAUACAAUAAUUCCUGAUGAUGACUAAAUAAAGUCGAAACCUAAACUAAAGUAAAAAGUAAUAAAAAUGCUUGCUUUAUUCCAAAG